GAGGAGUGGCGCCCGAGAGGCGGCGCGACCGCCUGUCAGUUGUGUUCUCGUCCUCGUCAAAAGUCGGCUGUCUGUUGCUGUGACUGAAAAUCAGACGGACCCGCGGCGACGCACGAGCGAGUCGGUCCAUCCGCCGCGCCACGCCGAGAGCCCGGUCCCUCGUUGCACUCUGACACCAAAGGACGUGUUCCGGGCACGGAGCGGUUCGGUUUCGGGUAGUCCUGGUAACCUGGUGAACAACGUUGGAUCGGAAGAUUUCCUCCGCUGCAACAGCUGCUGGUUUCCAGGAGGCUUUACGCACGUCUGGAUGCCUUGACCGCUUCCAGGGAACCGGGAGCCAGGAGCCGGGCUGGAGACGGUGAGGACUUGUUGCGCGCCUCCAGGGGAGCGCACCGGUCGGUCCCCCUUCCUGAACCUGAACCUGCCUGUGAUGCUCGGGGCUGUAGAUACGCCGCGGAGCGCGCUAACACAACCAGCCUAGAGUCAGCGUGGACUUCUCCUCUGGAACUAUGAAAUCCUGCUUCUAAACAGUCAAAUUGAGUUGAGCAGUGUGCGUCAGGCUGACAGAGCCGCUCCUCUUUUAAAUGGCAUCCCCGAACAAGGGCACCAAACUUUCUCCGAUCCCUUAAAAUUGCUUCACUUUCUCCCCCGAGCCCGCUUGUUCUGAACUGAGCCCCCCGCCCCCCAGCCACCCAGCCCUCUGACCGCCGACAUGUCGGAGCGUGACGGAUGUGGAGACGGGCUGUACGGCGACGGGGCGCCGGACUGCAUCCCGCCGAGAGUGUCCCGCGGCCGGCGGAGCGGUGUCAUCCUCCCCGGAGGAGGUGGAGGGGGCCAGGACUCGGACACCAUCCUGCUGGAGUCCGUGAAGGCAGCACCGCGCCGCAGCAGCAUCAUUAAGGACCCGUCGGUGCAGAAGGUGGGUGGAGGCAGGAAGAAGACGGUGUCCUUCAGCAGCAUGCCCUCCGAGAAGAAGGUGAGCAGUGCAGCGGACUGCUUGGCUUUCAUGCAAGGUGGGUGUGAGCUGAAGAAGAUCCGACCCAAUUCCAGGAUGUACUGUCGCUUCUACACCUUGGAUACAGACCUGAGCUGCCUGCGCUGGGAGCCGUCCAAAAAGGACUCGGAGCGGGCCAGACUGGAUGUGUCCACCAUCAGGGAGGUCCGCACUGGGAAAAGCACAGAGACGUUUCUUCAUAACGGUCCUCUGUCUGAACACCUGGCAGAGGAAGCCGCAUUCUCCAUCAUUCAUGGGGAUGAGUACCAGUCUCUAGAUUUGGUGGCAUUGUCAGCUGACGUGGCCAACAUCUGGGUGACAGGCUUGCGGUACCUUCUCGCCCACCCUUCGAUCAUCGGCGGGGUAGGGGGAGGAUGUGGGGUAGUGGCAGGAGGGCCAGGUGAUGGAGGUGGCUUGGCGGUAGAAGGCAGUCUGGGAAGCAAGAUGAGGAGAGAGUGGCUGGCAGCAGAGUUCGCGCUGGUUGACGAGGAUGGCUACGGGAUUGUAUCAGAGGAUGUGGCUGUCACCACAGUCUGCAAGCUGUGCCCUGGCAUCAAGGAGGCCAAGGUCCGCCUGCGAUUUAAGGAGAUCCAGCGGAGCAAGGAGAAGCUCACCUCCCACGUGACGAGGGAGGAGUUCCAGGAGGCCUUCUGUGAGCUCUGCACCCGACCCGAUGUUUACUUCCUGCUGGUUCAGCUGUCCCAGGACCGCGAGUGCCUGGACCCUCAAGACCUCCGCCUCUUCCUGGAGACGGAGCAGGGCUUGUCCCUUGCUACGACCGAAGGCUGCUGGGAGCUGCUGAAGCGCUACGAGCCGUCGGCGCAGGGCCGGGAGCGCGGCCUGCUGGGCCUGGACGGGUUCGCCCGCUACCUGCAGUCGCCCGAGUGUCAACUUCUGGACCCUGAACACCUGGGCGUCUGCCAGGACAUGAACCUGCCCCUGUCCCACUAUUACAUCAGUACUUCGUACCGAUCCUACCUGCUGGACGACCAGGUCCACGGCAGAGCCGACCUCGGCGGCCUCAUCAAGGCCCUGCAGUCCGGCUGCCGGUGCCUGGAGCUGGGAGUGACCGAUGGCCCCGAGGGCGAGCCUCUGCUCGGGGUCGACUAUGGGCCCGACGUCUCUCGUCACCAUCACCACCUCCACCACCACCACGCGCCUGUUACCAUUCGCUCUGCACUGGAGGUGGUCAAUAAAUACGCCUUCCUGACUUCCCAGUACCCUUUGCUGCUGUACCUGUGUCACCGGUGCUCCCCGGGUCAGCAGCGCACCAUGGCCCACCACCUGAAGAAGGUGUUCGGGUCCCGGCUUUACACCCCCGAUGCCCAGCAUGUGAGUCUGGGGGGGCGGGCCACCACUCUGCCCUCCCCCGAGCAGCUGAAGGGGCGGAUCCUCCUAGUGGGGAAGAAGCUCCCUCCCGAGGAGGAGGGCUCUGAUGGGGAGGUGUCUGAGGAGGACGAGGAGAUCGGAGGGGGCGGGCCCCUGGCAGGAAGAAGGAUGACCAUCCCUGGGGAGGAGGAACUGGGUGUGGUCUUGGUGGUCCCGCCUCCUUCCCAGCCCAGGAAGCUCAGCCUCCACAGGGAGCUGUCGGACCUGGUGGCUGUUGCCCGGACCAGCAGCCGCAGCUUCUACGCCCAGAGGGGAAGCUACAAGCAGACCCAGCAGCAGUCCCCCCCCAGCAGCCCCUCAUCCCCCGGCUCGCCCGUCCCUCUGGAGCUGCCUUACUGGAGGAUGUGCUCCCUGGGUGAGGGAGAGGCCGGGCGGCUAACCAGUGAGAGCCCGGAGGACCUGGUGGUGUUCACCAAGCGCACCCUGACCAGGGUACGGCCCAGCUCAGUGCGCCUGGACUCCAGCAACCCCAACCCGCAGGGAUACUGGAAGGGAGGGGUCCAGCUCGUGGCCUUGAACCAACAGACUCCGGGCGCCAUGCUGGACCUUCACCGGGGCCGCUUCACUCAGAACGGGGGGAGCGGCUACGUCCUCCGGCCCGCCGUGAUGAGGGACGAGGUGUCGUACUUCAGCGCCCACACGCACGGCUGCGUGCCAGGAGUCCCGCCUCAGACUCUGCGCAUUAAGGUGAUCAGUGCCCACAACCUGCCCAAGCCUCAGGGGUCAGGGGCCAAAGGUGAGGUCAUUGACCCGUACGUUGUGCUGGAGCUGCACGGCGUCCCAGCUGACUGUGCAGAGCAGCGGACACGCACCGCCGCUCAGAACCAGGACGAGCCCAUGUUUGACGAGACCUUUGAGUUCCAGGUCAACAUGCCUGAGCUGGCCUUGCUGCGCUUUGUGGUGCUGGACGACGACUACAUCGGAGACGAUUUCAUCGGCCAAUACAGCGUGGCCUUCGACUGCCUUCAGCCGGGCUACCGUAACGUGCCCCUGCUGGGCCUGGCGGGAGACCCCUUACCACACACCAGCCUUUUUGUUCACGUGGCCAUCACCAACCGGCGAGGCGGAGGGAAGGCCCAGCGGCGGGGCCUGUCGGUGCGCAGGGUGGGCCGGCGAGGGAGGGAGUACGUCUCUCUGCGGCACACCGGCAUCAAAGCUCUGGACGAGGUAUUCAAACAAGCCGGCGGACCCCUCAAGGAGGCCACGGACCUGCGGGAGGACGCUCAGUGCUCCACCGCCGGUUUCAAGGACCAGUGUGGGCUCCCCACUGUGGCCAAACUGAAGCAGUGCAUCCAGAGCCUGGCUACGAGGCUCCAGAGCCCUGAGGGGGCCAUGGGGGCCACCAUGUUGCUGAGGGAGGGCUACCCCUGUCUGGAGCCUCAGGUCAGCCUGUCUGAGGCGACUCGGAAGCUUCUCUCUGCCUACGACACGAUGAUCUCCGCCCAGAAACAGCUGAUAGAGAACGCAGACGGUGUUCAGGAGAGGAUCGACCAGGUGCACAGGGAAGGAAUGGACCUCCAUGAGGAUCUGUCCCGGCUCUGUGAGAAGGAGGGGCUGAAGGGACGGAAGAUGAACAAGGCGGUGGAGAGUUUCACCUGGAACAUCACCGUCCUCAAGGGUCAGAGCGACCUGCUGCGUGGAGCUAAGAUGGACUCCCUGGACGCCCUGCGGCAGCUGGCUCUGGCCUGCGAAGCCUGCGGACUCACCUCCUCCUCCUCCAACUCCUCCAACAGCUUCUCCACCGCCGAGCUACACUACUCCUCCCACCUGGCAUCGGGGCGACGGAGCAGCACGCACGGCAACGGACGCGUCUGACACCCACAUUUAAACACGUCGAUGAAAAGAAACUCGUGAAGGACCCGGGGUGGGGUGGGGUUUAUGCUUUCUGGUGGAGUAUCCCUUUAAGCCGUGUGGUAGACUGAAGCCUUACUGUGGUGGUGAUGGGCCGGCCAGCAGAGGUGGAGCGGUGAUCAGGUCAGGGUGUUGGAGAUGAAUGUAGAGCGGCCUCAGCUGUCCAGAUCUACCUGUGUGUCCUCACUGUGUUGUCGAUGUGAGAACAGACUGAAGACUUUCACUGCUCAACUCAUUCACUCGCAGGUUUCUGCUUUUGUUGGUACCUGCAGUUGAUGCGUAACACUGAGAACAAAACCCAGUUACCGACAUGAACAUUAACCAUUAGCUACAUAACUAACCCUCUCUGUUCUGUUAGCAUUUCACUGAAAUGAAGGCGAAGCUUUCAGGUUUACAGUGCCUUGCAAAAGUAUUCAUGUUCCUGUUUUGCCACAUUCCAGCCACUCGGAUGCGUUCUAUUGGGAUUACACCGGACAGAACAACACAGAGGAUUUCAUAAUUGUGAAGUGGAAGCGCAGACAUUCAAAGUUUCAGAUCCAAAGUGUGUGUUGGUGUUCAGCUCAAUGUUGACCUUUUGGCUACAUCAUCAAGUAUUCAGCAGUGUGUCUCUACCAGCUUUAGGCAUCUAGACUAAAAUUAUUCUCUAUCUUUGCAAAAUGCAUGAAGCUCAGUCAGAUCGGACGUCCCACUAAAAGAAAACAUCUAAUCCACAAGACCAUGUUAUUAUGUAGGUGGUGUGUUUAGAGUCAUUUACAGUGUGGGGUAUUAGAGUACUGAUCAAAAAUGCAUACAUUUGCAAGGUACUAUAUAUAUUUAUAUAUUCUCCUAAGCAUUAUGUAACAUAUCAGGAAUCACUAACAAGGUUUGGAGAAUAACUUAAAUUUACCAACAGGCUCUGAAGGCAUCAUCUGGGCUGUUGGUGGAUCAGUCCACCUCUUCAUGAAAUCAUUUCGUGGUUAGCCAGAACUGCAGAACAACAUGUCUGCCGCAGUGUGUGUGUGGAUGGUGUGUUACCUCCGGCCAUGUUUCUGGACCCAUGAGCCGACGUGAAUCAUGCUUGCGUCUUUUUAAUGCGGUAACUUUUCUACUCUUACAUUGUUGUGCUUUGACCAAACUCGAUUCAGAACCAAACUGAACCUCACUCUAACACGUCUCUGUGGACCAAAUGAUCGUCACAUUCCAAAAAUAGAGAGUCGCAAAGAAAACAGCAAGAGGAAGUCGUGUCCAAAGUGCGUACCUGGAAUAAAUUAUGUGUUGUUCCACAAUCUCAGUUCAGUAACGGUACAAACCUGGCCUUCCAGCGUAUGGAGGUGGUGCAGGUGGGCGCUUUUUGUAGUUUCUUUAAGACAAGUAUCACAGAAAAUGUUAAGUGUACACAAAGACUUGUUUUCAUUAGGCUUUUUUCUGACUUUACAAACAUCCAGUGACGAUCUUUUAUAAAAGUUACAUACUUCAUAUAUAAAGCUGCGGUAUGUAACUUUUAGAAAGGAAUGUUUUUUUUUACUUAUUUCUUGAAGCUAUCACUAUAGUCUGAGAUGGACAAUGUGUGAAAACAACUAUUCUCCUCUGCUUUCUUCCAGUACUAACAACAAAAAAACACCACUGAGCCAGAAACAACCAAUCAGAGCCAGGAGGGGGGUCUCAGUGCUGCCAAUCACUCUAGUGCUCAUCCCCCCCUCUUGCUCUUUGCUAAGCCACAGCUGCUUCAUCACAACAGAGCCUGCCACCAAUACUAAGGCUACUUAGCAUGGCCUCUGGUGAUGGCGGAUAAACAGUUUUUCUGUAACAGUAUGUUGUUUUUCCACCAUUACCACACUGAGCAGCGUACAGGAGGAUGAUUGACAGCACUAAGCCCCUCCUCCUGGCUCUGAUUGGUUGUUUUUGACCAGAAGAGGUGCAUUUCUGCAG